AUGGAUGAGGAAAACAUGACGAAAAGCGAGGAGCAGCAGCCUCUGAGUUUGCAAAAAGCCUUACAGCAGUGCGAGUUGGUCCAAAACAUGAUAGACCUGAGCAUCUCCAACCUGGAAGGGCUUAGGACCAAAUGUGCUACUUCCAACGACCUCACACAAAAAGAAAUCCGGACCCUGGAGAGCAAGCUGGUGAAGUACUUCAGCCGGCAGCUGUCCUGCAAAAAGAAGGUAGCCCUGCAGGAACGCAAUGCCGAGCUGGACGGCUUCCCCCAGCUCCGGCACUGGUUCCGGAUCGUCGACGUGCGGAAGGAAGUCCUGGAGGAGAUCACCCCGGGCCAGCUGAGUCUGGAGGACCUCUUGGAGAUGACGGACGAGCAGGUGUGUGAGACCGUGGAGAAAUACGGGGCCAACCGGGAGGAGUGUGCCCGCCUCAAUGCCUCCCUCUCCUGCCUACGGAACGUCCACAUGUCAGGAGGCAACCUUUCCAAACAAGACUGGACCAUCCAGUGGCCCACCACGGAGACGGGGAAGGAGAACAACCCCGUGUGCCCCCCGGAGCCGACCCCGUGGAUCCGCACCCACCUCUCCCAGAGCCCCAGGGUCCAGUCCAAGUGCGUCCAGCACUACUGUCACGCCAGCCCCAGCCCGGGGCCCCCCGUGUACACCCACGUGGACAGGCUCACUGUGGACGCCUACCCGGGCCUGUGCCCGCCCCUGCCACUGGAGUCGGGCCACCGGUCCCUGCCUCCGUCGCCCCGGCAGCGGCACACGGUCCGCACCCCGCCGCGCACCCCCAACAUCGUCACCACCGUGACCCCGCCCGGCACGCCACCCAUGAGGAGGAAGAACAAGCUGAAGCCCCCGGGGACCCCGCCGCCCUCCUCCCGGAAGCUGAUCCACCUGAUCCCGGGUUUCACGGCCCUGCAUCGGAGCAAGUCCCACGAGUUCCAGCUGGGUCACCGCGUAGACGAGGCCCACACGCCCAAAGCCAAGAAGAAAAGCAAGCCGUUGAACCUCAAGAUCCACAGCAGCGUGGGCAGCUGUGAGAACAUCCCCUCCCAGCAGCGCUCCCCCCUGCUGUCCGAGCGCUCGCUCCGCUCCUUCUUCGUGGGACACGCGCCCUUCCUGCCCUCCACCCCUCCCGUCCACUCCGAGGCCAACUUCUCCUCAAACACACUGUCAGUGCCACGCUGGUCCCCACAGAUCCCUCGCAGAGACCUCGGCAACUCCAUCAAGCACAGGUUUUCCACGAAGUACUGGAUGUCUCAGACAUGCACAGUCUGUGGGAAGGGGAUGCUUUUUGGCCUCAAGUGUAAAAACUGCAAGUUAAAGUGCCACAACAAAUGCACCAAAGAAGCCCCACCCUGUCAUCUCCUGAUCAUCCAGCGAGGGGAUCCAGCAAGGUUAGUCCGGACAGAGUCCGUUCCGUGUGACAUCAACAACCCUCUACGAAAGCCACCCCGGUAUUCGGACCUGCACAUCAGCCAGACGCUCCCUAAAACCAACAAAAUCAACAAGGACCACAUCCCUGUUCCUUACCAGCCAGACUCUAGCAGCAAUCCCUCGUCCACAACGUCCUCCACGCCCUCCUCGCCAGCGCCCCCGCUCCCUCCCAGUGCCACGCCGCCUUCUCCCCUACACCCUUCUCCGCAGUGCACAAGGCAGCAGAAGAACCUCAACCUGCCAGCGUCCCACUACUACAAAUACAGGCAGCAGUUCAUUUUCCCAGAUGUGGUGCCGGUGCCAGAGACGCCGACCCGGGCGCCCCAGGUCAUCCUGCAUCCAGUGACCUCAAAUCCAAUCUUGGAAGGAAAUCCAUUACUUCAAAUUGAAGUGGAGCCAACCUCAGAGAACGAGGAGGGUCACGACGAGGCCGAGGAGUCGGAGGAUGACUUUGAGGAGAUGAACCUGUCCCUGCUCUCGGCCCGGAGCUUCCCGCGCAAGGCCAGCCAGACCAGCAUCUUCCUUCAGGAGUGGGACAUCCCCUUUGAGCAGCUGGAGAUCGGCGAGCUCAUCGGGAAGGGCCGCUUUGGGCAGGUGUACCAUGGCCGCUGGCACGGGGAGGUGGCCAUCCGGCUGAUCGACACUGAGAGGGAUAAUGAAGACCAGCUCAAGGCCUUCAAGCGGGAGGUGAUGGCCUACAGGCAGACACGGCACGAGAACGUGGUGCUCUUCAUGGGCGCCUGCAUGAGCCCGCCCCGCCUGGCCAUCAUCACCAGCCUCUGUAAGGGCCGGACACUCUAUUCUGUGGUCAGGGAUGCGAAGAUCGUCUUGGAUGUCAACAAAACGAGGCAGAUUGCCCAAGAAAUUGUGAAGGGCAUGGGCUACCUCCACGCCAAGGGAAUCCUGCACAAGGACCUCAAGUCCAAGAACGUCUUCUACGACAACGGCAAAGUGGUGAUCACAGACUUUGGGCUCUUCAGCAUUUCCGGGGUGCUGCAGGCUGGCAGGCGUGAUGACAAGCUGCGCAUCCAGAGCGGCUGGCUGUGCCACUUGGCCCCGGAGAUCAUCCGCCAGCUGUCUCCCGACACAGAGGAAGACAAGCUCCCCUUCUCCAAACACUCGGACGUCUUUGCGCUUGGGACAAUCUGGUAUGAACUCCAUGCCAGAGAGUGGCCUUUCAAGACCCAACCAGCAGAGGCAAUAAUCUGGCAAAUGGGCACAGGCAUGAAACCCAACCUCAGCCAGAUUGGCAUGGGAAAAGAAAUCUCGGACAUUCUUCUCUUCUGCUGGGCCUUUGAACAAGAAGAGAGACCUACCUUUACCAAGCUUAUGGACAUGCUGGAGAGACUGCCAAAGCGAAACCGCCGCCUGUCUCACCCUGGACAUUUCUGGAAGUCUGCAGAGUAA